UCAAAACUGAUUUUUAAUUAUUUUAUUUUAUUUUCUCUCUCUAACCACCUCCAUAUUUAUCAGAAGAAAGCUACAAAUGGGAUCUCCAUUUCUGUUUCUUCUGUAAUCUGUAAUCCAUUUCUUGAAGAAUCCCAUCUCUCAAAUUCUUUAUCUUUGCCUUCUUGUUUCAAAUCUCAAAGCAAGCUAUGUCUGCAGCUUUAGACAGUAGUAGAGGGAUGAGAGAGAUCCAAUCUUCUGGAUAUGUCCGCGGAGGGAUCGUCUGCGUCGCCACGCCCGGGAUCUUCGACUCGUUGCCGGAGAGUAGACUGGUAGAUAAGGAGGAGGAGGAGGAGGCGGAAGUGAAUGAAUGUAGCUCAUCGGCGUCCUCAACGACGUCGUCCAUCGGAAAGAAUAGCGAUCUGUCGGGGAGAGAGUCAUUAGAUGGCGAGAUUUGUGAGGAGGAAAAUGAGGUCCAAAGCGCGUUUAAAGGGACGUUUGAUUCUAUGGAUUCCUUGGAGGAGGCCUUGCCUAUGAGGAGAGGCAUUUCAAGCUUUUACAAUGGUAAAUCAAAGUCCUUCACGAGUCUGACUGAGGCAUCAUCGUCUUCCUCCAUUAAAGAUAUUGCAAAACCAGAGAAUGCAUAUUCAAAGAAACGCAAAAAUUUACUUGCUUUCAACCAUUUGUGGGACAAACAUAGAUGUUUCCCUCACAUAAACAGUGGUGGAGGGAUAUCAAAAAGACCAAUUAUCUCAAGCCGCAGCACAUUAGCUCUCGCAGUUGCCAUGAGCAGCUCUGAGAGUAUCAGUAGCACGAGUGAGGAUUCGAGUUCUAGUUCAAAUUCAAAGUCUCCACCGCAACUUCCACCUCUACAUCCAAGAUCCAGUACUUAUCAUAAUAAUCUAGCUUCGUUGCCAUCCCCCCAGCAGAAACUUUCUCCUUGGAGAUCAUUCUCGGUGGCUGAUUUACAACAAUGUGACGAAACCCAUCACUAACUUAAGACGUUUAUAUGUGAUCGUAACUGGCCUGGGCUGACCGGACUUUUUCAUUUCUUCUUUACUUGACAUUUCCGAUGGAGUUUCCGGUUACCCCUUGUAUGCUUCUUGUAUGUAACUGUGAUAGGAUAGCCUUAUACGGAUGUUUUCAAAUAGUUGUGUUUUUGAGUUUAAUCUAAUGGUUGGUAGAUUGAAGGUCGUUUUGGUUGGUA